UAACCUUACCAUCAAGGCGACGCAACGCGCAUUUUCGUCCAAUUUUCACCAAAUCAACCUUGCCCCAUUAAGAAAUCGGUUGAUCACUAGGCCGUGGCAUUGUUCGCCGCUUGUGAUACCGCUUGGAACCAUAUAAAACCACCCGAAAACCAACCGAAAGACAUCAAUCGAGUGCGACCAUCUCACCAACUCACAGCUCAGUUCAGGGGUCCGAAAAUCAGUGAAGCUUGCGAACAUGAAGGCGUUUGUGGUGCUGUCGAUGGCCGUGGCCAUCGUGUCCUGUGCGGCAGUCGACAAGGAGUCCGCCUCCAAGAAGGACAAGCGUGGCCUGUGGGAGCUGGGACACGAAUGGAGUGGGCAGGGGUUUGACAGCUAUGACCACCACACUAAGGUGCACCAUCACACCAAGGAGGUUGUGACGAAGCACGUGGAUCGACCUGUGCCGUACCCGGUGGAAGUGAUCAAGAAGGUUCACGUUGACCGACCUGUCCCAUAUCCAGUGGAAGUGAUCAAGCACGUUGACCGUCCUUACCCAGUGGAGGUCGUCAAGAAGGUUCAUGUUGACCGUCCCGUUCCAUACCCAGUGGAAGUGAUCAAGCACGUUGACCGUCCUUACCCAGUGGAGGUCGUCAAGAAGGUCCCGUAUCCAGUGGAAGUUAUCAAGCAUGUUGAUCGCCCUUAUCCAGUGGAGGUCGUCAAGAAGGUCCCGUAUCCAGUGGAAGUUAUCAAGCAUGUUGACCGUCCUUACCCAGUGGAGGUCGUCAAGAAGGUUCAUGUUGACCGUCCCGUCCCAUACCCGGUGGAGGUUGUGAAGAAGGUCCCAGUCCAUGUGGAUCGUCCUGUCCCAUACCCGGUGGAGGUCGUCAAGAAGGUCCCGGUCCAUGUUGACCGUCCCGUUCCAUACCCAGUUGAGGUUGUCAAGAAGGUUCCAGUCCACGUUGACCGCCCCGUCCCGUACCCAGUCGAUCGUCCCGUCCACGUUGACCGUCCCGUCCCAUACCCGGUGGAGGUCGUGAAGAAGGUCCCCAUCCAUGUAGAUCGCCCAGUCCCAUACCCAGUGGAGGUCGUCAAGAAGGUCCCAGUGGUCCACAAGGAGUUCGUCGAAGUGCCGAAGCCUUACGCAGUUCAUGUCGAGAAGCCCGUCCCAGUGUUCGUCGAUAAGAACCAGCACCAGCACCAUCACCAUCAGGAGCAGCACUGGGAUCAGUACUGAGAGUGCCCUGAACGUGAGAGAUUGAUUGUAAAUAAAUGUUGAGUUUUGUUGAGCAUUGAACAAAUCCUGUAUCUUAAUCAUUUCCAACUGCAUUUCUUGACAACAAAAACGCUUAAUUUUUCACAGUAAUCGUAUCUAAGCUGACAAUCUCACCGCAAAAGAGCUGCAGCUCGCAAUUUCCCACCGGGAAAUUCGUACAAUUAUUAUCCGCUGUAAAAAUCCACUUUGCCAUUUAACUCGAAACUCGCGCUUUUUUCUCAUCUACCUUCCACCAGGCCCUGAACAACUCUUCCUAAAGGGGGGAAUUCCCAAGAGGAGCUCGAGCAAUUUCGCUUCCUUUUUCCGCGUGACAAAGGGACUGACUGUUUUUACCGCCACCAUCAUCAUCCACCUCUUUUUUUUUGUUAAAGUAAAGUUUUUCUCCAUUUUUUUUACCCUCAACUACCUUGCAUUAUCAUCAGCAUCAUUAUCUUCGUGCUCAACGCUCACACGUGAGUCAGGUUGCGAGUGGGUGUAGUGUUUCCUGCACAUUCGCAGACGCCGGAAAAUUCAAGCCACCCCAAAGAGUUCUUUUUUCUCCUUCACUCUGUGGCGGCUCCGGUAAGAUUCUUCAUCUUCAUUUACACUUUACACAAAAGCCCGGCACAAACAUUUUUAUUUCGCUUCCAUCCGCCGGCGGCACUUUGCGACGCGAGCGAGCACACACGCACAAGUGUGUGUGGCGGUUCUUGCAAAGUCAAGCACGUGGGGGACACGUGGGGUAAAAUUGAACUCCCAACAAAUUUGAAAAUUUCGUUGAAUUCACAGUUUAGAAAAGAAAUUUGAUUUUUGUCAACAAACAAAGUGAAUGAGAUGAGAAUGAGAUGAGAAUGAGAUGAGAAUGAGAUGAGAAUGAGAUGAGAAUGAGAUGAGAAUGAGAUGAGAAUGAGAUGAGAAUGAGAUGAGAAUGAGAUGAGAAUGAGAUGAGAAUGAGAUGAGAAUGAGAUGAGAAUGAGAUGAGAAUGAGAUGAGAAUGAGAUGAGAAUGAGAUGAGAAUGAGAUGAGAAUGAGAUGAGAAUGAGAUGAGAAUGAGAUGAGAAUGAGAGGAGAAUGAGAUGAGAAUGAGAUGAGAAUGAGAUGAGAAUGAGAUGAGAAUGAGAUGAGAAUGUGAUGA